AUGGGGCUGAGACUUCUACAGCGCCGACUCUUCAGCAGCGCCGCGGCGGCCGGGAAGCCGCGUGUAGCGGUGCUGUACCAAGCGCUCGAACCACCCGUCAUCAAUGGGGUGCGCAAGCCCAAGAAACCCGGCGGAUACCGCGACUCCGGUGCCGACAUCGCGUUCGUGCUGCGCUCACAGCAGCGGGCACAAGUCCUCACGCCAUCAACCCCCGACCCCAGCAACGACAGCAGCUGGGUCUUCCCCGACCACGAAGAGGGCAUUCUCAAUGCCGUACAAGCAGGUGCCACGCACCUCUGGGCGAACACGAUCCUGUUCGCGGAACACCCAUUGCAGAUCUCGCGCGCGCUGGACCGCUACCAAAAUGAUCUCCGGGUAGUAGGCCAGCCGCCCCAGCUAGUCGAGGCUUACGACGACAAGAACUACGUCAACAGCCUGCUGCGACGAAGCAGAGAUUUCACGAUACCCACAUCGUGCAUAAUCGGGGAAGGGCAGGACCUCGAAGCUCUGCUUAAGAAGAAAAACCUCGCUGUGCCGAUUGUCGCAAAGCCGAUCCGAGGAAGGGGCAGCCACGGCGUGAAGCUCUGCCACAGCAACACCGACUUACGCGCGCACGUAGAAGCUCUGUGGAAGGAAUCGCCGCAGGUGAUGCUGGAACAGUAUCUUUCGGGUGAAGAAGCCACUGUGACAGUCAUGCCGCCCAGUGCCGAGAAGCCGGGAUAUUGGGCGCUGCCCAUCGUCACCAGGUUCAACCACAUCGAUGGCGUGGCGCCUUACAACGGCGUGCGAGCCGUGACGUCGAAUUCGAGGGCGAUUUCUGACAAGGAAGCUUCUGCGGAUCCGGCGUAUGCGCGUGUUGCUAGGGAGUGUGAGGGUGUGGCGAGGUUGUUGAAGACGACUGCCCCGAUUAGGAUUGAUGUGAGGCGGUUUGAGCCUGACUCUGGUUUUGCGCUUUUUGACAUCAACAUGAAGCCAAACAUGACGGGUCCUGGACGGCCUGGUAGAGAGGACCAAGCUAGCUUGUCUGCGCUUGCGGCUGCUGCUGCUGGGUGGGGUUACUCACAGCUUCUUGAGAAGAUAUUGCGGUCGACGCGGACUUUGCACGAGCUGCGUAGUACGAAGUUGCCUGUUUGA